GGGCCUGGGAGGGCGGGGGCGGCGGCCGGCGGAGUCGGUCCCCGGCUUACGUAAGGAGCGAGCCCCGCGCGUCCGGCCGGGCUGGGAGGGAGGCGGGCGGAGAAGGCACCGCCCUGCGGGAUCCGGGCCGGAGGCCUCUCGGAGCGCUGCCUCCGGCGAGGUGCGUGUUGACUUGGGCGCUGUGGCGGCGGGCGCGGGCCCCGGCUUCUCACCCCAGCCCGGCGGGCCUUCCGAGUGAGAGCUGGCGGCGGCGGCCGCGGAGACCCCAGGGCAUGUGACAGUCGCCGGGGUGGGGCCAAGACGCGGACUACACGGUGCCCACGUGCUGUGGCCAGACGGGGCUCAGCCCCGAGACCGCCCGGGGCGUGGGACGGCGGGGGCGCGCUUCCAGGCUCCCCUACCCCAGCCUCCCGGCUCGCAGAGACUGGCUCGGGGAUGCCCGGCCGCCUGGCUGUGCGGCCCCCUUCUCGGAACGCGGCGUGAGGAGCGACACAGAGGAAAGGACCGAGGGGCGGCCGGCCAGUCCCCGUGCGAGCGGACGCGGCCAGAGGUAGGAGCCAAGAAGCCGAGUCCCCGGGGCUGCCUUCGGGCCACCCUCUUCGAGGAGCAAUGGCUUCCAAACUCCUGCGCGCGGUCAUCCUCGGGCCGCCCGGCUCGGGCAAGGGCACUGUGUGCCAGAGGAUCGCCCAGAACUUUGGCCUCCAGCAUCUUUCCAGCGGCCACUUCUUGCGGGAGAACAUCAAGGCCAAGACCGAAGUUGGUGACUUGGCAAAGCAGCACCUAGAGAAAGGUCUUUUGGUUCCAGAUCACGUGAUCACACGUCUGAUGAUGUCGGAGCUGGAGCAGAGGCGCAGCCAACACUGGCUACUGGAUGGUUUUCCUAGGACAUUAGGACAAGCUGAAGCCCUGGACAAAAUCUGUGACUUGGAUCUCGUGGUCAUUCUGAACAUUCCAUUUGAGACACUUAAAGAUCGUCUCAGCCGACGCUGGAUUCACCCUCCCAGUGGAAGGGUGUACAACCUGGACUUCAACCCCCCGCACGUGCACGGGGUUGACGACCUCACGGGUGAGCCAUUGGUGCAGCAGGAGGAUGAUAAGCCGGAAGCAGUUGCCGCCAGGCUGAGGCAGUACAAGGAUGUGGCCAAGCCCAUCAUCGAGCUGUACAGGAGCCGAGGAGUGCUCCACCAAUUUUCUGGGACGGAGACUAACAAAAUAUGGCCCUAUGUUUACACGCUGUUCUCAAACAAGAUCACACCUAUUCAGUCCAAAGAAGCAUACUGAGCCUUCCCAGAGGAAGAAUCAGGGAGCUGUGGUCGUCCGUUCAGUUGUGUGCUUAGUACUGGUGCUGUGUCCAAAUUAGAAGCUAGCCAAAAUAGCUUGCAGCAUCUUUUUUAGUUUAAAUGAUGAACUGAUUUGAAAACGAAUGAAUAGAAAGGAUUUGUGAAGAGGCUCCCCUGUCUUUCAAAGGAACGGCCACCUCCCUGAGUGUGAGGUGUCUCUGUGCCCGGCUCAGGCCCCUUGUGUGCAUGUGCAGGUGGAUUUCCAAUGGCCUAUAACUUGCUUUCUCACUGUGGCAGUCAUGUUGUCACUGCAGAACUCCUCUUACUCGUGAUAGUGGCUGGUGUCUCUGGAUGUCUCCAUCCCUCUAAAAAUGGUUGAACCAUAGCACCAGUAAACCUGAGAAUGACCAGGGCCCCAUCCAGGAUUUCUCUGGCUUGUGCCCCCCUGGGAAGGUGAAGUUGAAGUCAGUCCCUCUCACAGCUGUCUCUCUGGUCCUGGGUGGCUGUGUCCAUGGCUCCUUGACCUGGCAGGAGUGGCUGCCACCCUGCGUCCAUCCUUCACAUACAAUCUCCUUUUCAAAAAUCCUGGGAUGAGAGGAUUUCAAGAUUAUGUAUUUUUACAUCUGUUUUCUCUCUUCCUGGGCUAUUAAAUAGUAUAGAUCAUUGCCGUUAUCCCUUGAAUGACCUUCUGAGAGCCGAGAGUGAGGGGCUGCUGCACAGAAUCUCCUCAUGACUUAGGGAGUGAGCCGGGCAGGAUGUCUGACUCUCAGAGAAGGACACUGCUUCUUUCUUUUAUUAUAAAAAAAAUCAAACUCCUAAAAGUCUUUUGGGAGCCCUCCUAAAGUCUUUUGGGAAGCCUCAAAAAAGGGAAUUAUGUAUCUACACAAAUGUUGGAUGAUUGUAUCUUAUGCCUAUAGAAGUAGUGAGGCCAUCUGGGAUGACUGGACUGACGGAGGAGUUAGGCUUAUUAUUCAGGACAACAACGUGUUCUAUGAAAAUGCUGCUAUCGAUGCUGACAGUGUUUUUCUCCUGUGCGUGACCCAAGUGUAUCAAACAUUGUCAUGGGGAACGGAGCCUGUGCGGUUGAGUACAACGUCGCAUGAACUGUGCCAGACUGGGUAUGCUGGCUUUACGAUUAUGGGGAACAAAAUCUUUAUUAUUUUUUUUUUUUUCUGUUCCAAAGAUGUAUUCUAUGGGGUGGCCACAGAGUCUAGAAUAGAUACUAAUAUUUUGUCAUUUGUUAUAAUGGAUAGCAAGAAGCCAUGCGUUACAGGAUUUGUCUGGUUUCCAGACGUGGUGGCCACCUUGAGUAAUUCCUGCUGUCCUCUAGGAAGGACAAUGAAGUUUAUUCCUGCUGCCUUAAAAAUACACAUCCCUUCUUCAUGCAUCCUGACUGUACCCAGCGGGCAACCUCACAGCUCCUGGAAGUGACUUCUGUCUAAUCCUUCACACUGGGAGGAAGAGAAGAGCACUUCCUGGCUGAGACACACUUCGCUUCCUGCAGGCGUCCCUUCACGGCCGUGUGUGUUACGUGUCCCGUGUGUGGUGCGAGCACACUCCUUCCCUGCUCUCACCAGGCCCCCUCCCUGGUCCCUUCCUGGGAAUGUUCUCUGGGUACCUCAGUGGAAGUUUAGACCAGUCCCCCUCAUUGUCUCCAUGACAGCAAAGUAAGGCCAUUUGCCUUUCAGGUUGAUGCAGUGAGAAUGGCCCAGUGCAGGGCUGUGGAGAGUCAGCGUGUCAUGUCGGCUCUGAGCACUUUAGAAUAUAGGGUUGCAAGGUGGGUAUUGGAUGUGUAGGUAAAGCUCAGGCUUCCUUGAGAACCAGGUACAGAGAAAAACAAGUCUGAUAUGAGGAAAAUGGCCAUUUCUGGAAACUAGAAAAGGUAGAAAGUUAAAGUUAUUCUGUGGAUAGAAUAACUUUGUGGAUGUGUUCAAAAGAGGAAAGUAUGUGCUUUAUUGGAAGCAGAAAAAUCUUCAAGCUUUUAGCAGACCUUAUAGUGUGAUGACUGCCUUUGGGUUGUGGGGAAGGAAUGGGACGAGGCUGAUCCCUGAUUCCAUCCUCCCUCUUCCCUCCCCCUAUCCCUCCCUCUUCUUUUCCAGCUAAACAGACACUUUGUAGCCAACACCGAGUCACUUGGUGAGAUGCAACAGGGUUUGAUUCUGCUGCAGCUGGCCAGCGGGUGAGGGGUCCUUUGCUAGGUGAGACCAAUAAUAGAGAAGCAUCUUUUCCAUGGACUUUGAAAGAUGAUGCUAGUUUUUCAUGGUCAGAGGCCUUAAAACAGUCUUUCUGGUUUUUGUAAACCUUCUAGUUUUCCCUUAAGUAAUUUUCUAAGAGUUAUUUUGAAAAUUUGACAAAGUCAAAGGGACAUUUUUUUCUUGGUUUCCUUCUAUCGCCACACAUAACCAUUCAUUCACAUUUAAGAGAAGGGCACAGUUUGGAUGGUCUUUGAGACUCCACCCCAGCUCUGAAUUCAUCUGCUUCCAUUAUCUUCACAGGCUCCCACUUACUAAGUGGGAACUAACUUACCAACUUACUUCACUAAGUUCUCACUUAGAACUUGGAAAUGCUGCUAUGUUUAAUGGCCCCACCCUAAUGCAAGCACUUGACAGGUACUGUUUAUUGAAUAGUUGCUUGCUGAGUGCAGUGUACAGCUCUAAGACCCUUAAGGAGCACGUCAUCUGCCCUUUCUCACAUCCUGUGAGGUUGGCAUGAUUGCAUGUUUAUAAAUUGAGAAGGCAGGUUUGGGGUGUGAAACAUCCUUCCCAGGACUCUGCUGCCGAUGAACAGUGUAGCCGGGACCCAGACGAGCUUCCUGACUCACAAGAUGGGCAUGUUCUUGGAUUAAAUACCUGUGUCCUGUCCCCAGAAACCUGGACCCCCGAGCCUGCUGGGUUCUGCUUGUAGCCUCAGAUCAAGAAUAUUCUGUGUGAGAAUACUCCCUCCCCUCCCCUCUUGUAUAAGUGAAAGAAUCUGCUAGAGGACAGUCUGAGCCCAUAGUCCCUGCCCAGCCCUCACAGGCAGACAGAAUAAAAGGCCAUCCUGGUGGGCGGGGCUCGGGCCAGGCUUAUCUGCGGAGGACGAGCUUAUGUCCCUCACCCAUCCGCUGAUGUCCACUGCACUGUGCCCCUAGACAGCCCUGCGCCACUCCAGCUGUGGUUCUCACACACGGGCCUGUACUCCAGACUCUGCUCACUUUUCUUCCUUGAAAUGAGGAUGAAUCCCUCUCUCACUCCCUCUCCGGACAAGGUCCUGAUGGUCAGGGAGCCCUUCCAAGUGCUGGCAGGUGCACAGUGCUGCCUGAGCAUUCGCACAGAUGACUCUGGACUUGUGUACCUUUGUCCCUGUGUUAUUUUAUACAUUAAUGAGACUGGGUACCACGUUGUCCACCAUCUGCUUGCUGUGCAACAAUCCUGGAGUAACCUCGGGGCGGCUUCCCUCCUGUUUCAUCCUCAUGUCCGAGGGGCCACACCCUGCCACCUCCCAGCAGCCAAACCCAGGGGAGCUCCAGCAUCACCCAAGGUGUGCCCUGCCCCUCUCUUUGACAGGGAAGGGAAAAGGUAAGAACAGCCAUAAAUAAGGGGGGGGGCUUGUGGAGAAAGGUGCUUCUAUGGCCUUUCCUACCAUUUAAAAUGUCUUCAGAGAUGCCUGCACACACUCUUAGUGCGCCCCGAGCUCAGUCUUUGACUCCCUCUGUGUGUCUGAGGAGUUUGAGUGUGCUGGGGUCUUUGCUCAAAUCACACUGAUCACGUAUUUCCAAGUGUGUGACUGACCAUAUAGUUCCUGUUCCUUACUCCACCGAAGCACAUCGCAUGCAUUGUCUGAUCAAAUCCUCAGCACUGCCUAAUGUAGUCAAUAGCACUAUCUCAAUUAACUUACCUCCUUUUAUUUAAAAUGUGUUUUCAUGUAGUUACGGGAUUAAUCAGGAAAUUUAAAGGAGCCUUUUUCAGACCUUUCCCUAUUUGAGCUUCCCAUUCUCAUUAGUGGAUAAACCAGCAUGUUCGCCCAACCUAGAAUUUCACUUUUGGCGCUCUGCUGCUGAGGCAGGGAGGGGCUCCGUGGGUCACCGUGGUGGCUGCUGGAGGUGUGCCACAGGCAUGUGGCACGGGUCCCGUGUGCACAGAGGGUGUGUGGCCAGGUUCCAUGUGCACAGAGGUGUGUGUGGGUGGGUCAUGUGGGCACAGAGGGUGCGUGACGCAGGUCAUGUGUGCACCCUGCUGGUUACAGGGGUUCAGCAGGCAUCUGUGUCCCCCUGGUGACUUUCAUUUCUCACCUUGCACUUUCUGCAGUUGAUUCUGCGAGAGGCAGUUCAUGAUUUUGCCUGUUCCUUGUAUGAAUUGCUUUCUUGUUAACCCUCUUCCAUUUUUAGCAACUCCAUAGUCUUUUUGGUGUUUCCAAAGAUGAGCCCACUAGUGAAGACUUACUUCAAUGUGAGAAUGUGGUCUGGCCACACAUAAUCACCCCUGUCCAUAAAUAGCCCAGUCCUGUUUCCAGAUGAGAAGUGUGCAGGACCCAGACGUUAUGAAACCAUGAAACUGUACAACUAUGAAAAAACCCAGCAUCCUGCAUCUGUUGAGACACAUUGUGAUCGUCAUUGUUUAUAUGCACCAGACCUUGUCUUUCUCAUAAUGAAUCGCACAGUUCUUACCAGAAUAAACACCAUUAUCUGUAUGCUUCAGGGAAUUCCCCAAUUUGAUCAUUUUUGUGUGUGACAGAGAUUUAGUAAAACAUUUCCAAAAAGGUGAAAGCUCUUGUAUGGCACAGAUAUGAAUUGCUCACUCUGGUCCUAAUUGGGUUGUUCUGGGAAGCGCAAUGCUGCUCUUUAAACAGGAGAUUUCCUGCUUAACCUCUGUGAAGAUUCUCCCUGCAGCCAAUGUGUGUAACUCCUUUUAUAAAACCAUUCUUUUCUUCAUUUUAAAGCUUUGGCUAUAAAGUCAGAAACAUACUUAAAAAAAGCAAACUAUUUUAUAUUUAAUGUAGAGAAGAGUAAAGGGAAGAAACAUGAAAACUCAGUCUUCACGUAAGCUCCAAGGAUAUUAGGACUUAGAGAACUUUUCUAGUUUUAUGAGAAUUUGUACUACUGAAUUUUAUAUAUUCUUGUUUUUGAGAUGAGCAGAUCUCUGGGGGAAGUUGUUCAGUUAUAAUGGCAUUUCACUGUGACCCCUCUCAAGCUCAGAUCAGUUCUGUAACCCAGUGACAAACUGUCUCUUUGGUUUACUAUCCUGUGAGAUGUCAGCCCGAGGUCCCCAGAAGUCGUGUGUUUACAAUGAGUCAGAGUGCUUUUCCUCUGGGUGGCAGUUGUUGGCCUUCUUAAUUUUGGUGUAUGUGCUUAAUUCAAAGUAUCUAAACCUGCAGUCUGGUCUGUAUGUGCUAUCCUGUUAAUUGUAUUAUUGAUGAUUUUGGUUAUCUUGCCUGAAGAUUGAUUAAUACUUUACAAUUUGAUAGAAAUAAAGUUUUUUCUGCUUAUAACCAG